UGUCGAAGGCAGUUGACGUGAACUGAGGACACGUACACCUACACCCCACACCCACACACCCACAUCCACACACCCACAUCCACAUUCACACCCACAUCCCACACCCACAACCACAUCCCCACACCCAUACCUCUCUGGACUGAUAAAAAGUAGCGUAUAAUUGGCAUGGGCCGGAAGGCAUGAAAGGGUUUCGAAAAUAUAUUGAAUUUGACAUCAAAAGAUUCAGCGUAAAAUUCUGCAUCAGAAAAUAAACUUUUUUUGUGAAUCCGUUCGUGGGUCGAUUCCUGUUCUUAUGCGCCCCCGUCCUUAGACCAACAUCAGUAACUUUAGGCAAUCUUCAUCGACGUCUUGUUCGUAAUUUGAUUCGAAUAUUAUUUUCACAUUUCUUAACACAGACUUUGUGCAUAUUACCAUUUGUUAUUAUCAAUCUUUUAGCCAUCUUUGUUAAUAGAAAUGCAAUUAUAUACUUGUUUUUUUCAAGAAUUUUUGCACUUCCACUAUUUACUAGUUAUGCAACAAAUUUUUAUGUAAAUACAAUGUCAUCUAGAAUUUAUCGACGAGAAUUUAUGAAAUUAUUUUCAUUUUGUAAACGAAAAAUGUUUAGAGAUGACCGAAAUAUAGAUCGAAUAUAAGUAAUUGAACUAAAAUGUAUUAAAUAUUUGUUUGUUCUGUACAUUAUAAAAUACAUUUUUUUUCUAGUGAAAUGAAAACUAUGAACUAUGAUUUGAAACUAUAUGGAAAUAAAGCAAUUGGUUUUUAGGCAAAACAUACUAUUCGAUCAAUUUGUUGUAUCAUUAAAAAAAUAGAAGUUGUGAUAGAUACAUUAUGUAUAUUGCAUCUGGAGCAGUAGUACAGAUGUUGAGAAGCAUCUGCCAAAAAGAAACCAACAUAUCUUCACUAUAAUGGAACCAAAUCAAGUGGCUUUGUCUGGUAAUAGAAUAGUAUCCUGAAUGGAUAUGCGUUUUCGCCACCAGGCCCGUGCAGAAGUUAAUCGACUUCCGACAGAUACCUUCGCAGUCACACUAUAGUGUUCGAAUUGUUAGUGAAUAUGAAAAAGUUUAUUAUUCAGUUUCUUUCAGUGAUGCCGAAUCGGUUGGGUUAGGGCUGGAACCCUGUUGGGUUGGAACACCCAUGAGUUGGACAGCCCAUUAUAGCAAUUUCAAUCCUGGCCCUCCCAUCAAAAUUUGAAGAUAAAUUUUGUCGGUUGACUCAAGGAUCACCCUUGAGUUAACCUAUGAAAUCAUUUAUAUUUUUAAGAAAUGAUAUACGAAAAGGCUUGUUCAGUUACGAUGUCGCCAUGAAACAGCUCAUGUGAUCAAUCUGCUCCUCGAUAUUUAUCGUGUGGUCGGAUGGUCAAGCAUGACAUACAUAAAUCGCAUUCUGUCUCUCUCUUCGGAAGUUUUAUUUCCUGCGGCUUUCAUUUUAGAAUGAAUAUUCAAAAUAAUGACAUCCGAUUGAAACAGAUCAAUCAGUCGUUUUUGAAAGACUAGGAAAAAAGAUGAACUAUAGUUUGCCUUUUUUCAAGCUAUUGUCUUUAUGAAUAAUUAUGUAAAGUAAAACUUGACAGUGAAUAAAAAUGAAAUAGACAUUGUUGUUUACUUGGUUUUAUUGAUUAUUACUGUCCUUUACCAAGGGUAACAAACUUUUACAUACCUGAACCUGAAUUUAUAAGCAAUUACUGUUUUUUUGGUCAAAUCGAACCCAUUAUGGAUUCGAUAUAAUACAUCGAGUAUUAGUUUAAUGAAAAAUUGUUCGUGAAAAUGAACAAGAUGCUGUAAAAUGUUGAAUAAUUUAUCGUGAUCAAUUUAGUUGAGUAUUAUAAUCUUCGGUUAGUUUUAAUUUUUCUUCUACAAUUUGUAAUGGUUGUUCUGGACGUUAUCAAGCUGCAGAGACACUAGUUUCAUUAAAGCUUUGUGUUUGUUUUUAGCCCAGUUUACUUCUAAUCCUUUCGUUGUUCAAUGAGAUGAAAAAUUUAGAUUUUAUUAUUUUACUUGACCUGAAAAAGAACGAUAAUCAAAUUAUUGUUUGUUUUAUGUUUGUGGGUACAAGAAUAUAUAUCAGAAAGUAUGCUAAAUAAAAGUUUAACAAACUCGUUAUCAUAUUAUAAAAAUACAUAGAAACCGAUUCAGUUGUGUCACAGACAUAUGUUUACUGUUCCGAGGAAGUAUUAGGAUAAUCUGUAUGUUUUUUGUUCAUAGAGUAUAGAACGAUUACUUACAUAUUAUUAACAAUCCUUUUAACGGUCGCACUGAAUCUUUUAUUCAUAUUAGUAUGUAAAGAAAGCUGUAUGCCACAAUAACCAGGGUUAGCCAUUGGGUUACUUUAUGGGUAGAGUUCAAGCUACUCAAUUGAAUCCUACGACCCAUGGGCUGAAGCCCACUUACAGAGCAAUUGGUCGGAUUGGAUUGAGCCAUGAGUUGAAAAAAAAGCGAUUUCCAGCAUCUCUGGUUUGUUCCCACAAGCAGCAACAAAAAAGAAGAUACUGUUAGAUUUGAUAUAAAUUGUUGUUUAUAUGGUUAUUUUAAGAUGUUAUUUAAAUUAUUUUUAUCAGCUACUUUUCUUUUUAUAAACAAUCAUCUUAAUCCGAUUUUCUUAAAAUAGCACGAACAUAUCAAUGAUACUGGCCCGUACUACUAACUACGCAAUAAUAAGCCUAGGUCAAGAAUAACGUUUUCUUGACUUUCCAAAGAAUGAAAAUAUAGGAAGAAAACAAAAGAACAAGACUAGAAAAAAUACCUAACAGAACGAACGAGAGAACGAACAUACAGAUAGUUAGAGACUUGCACGGAGUCGCUGUCGGAGUCAAGUGAAUUUUUUGCCGAAAAUUUAGUUUCAGCAUAAGAACUUUUUUGACCUGGUGGUUUUAUUCUCUGAUAUUUAAUGUAUAAACUGAUGCAUUUUGGAGAUUCCAACGACAUCUUAUCAAGACCUAUGAACUUCAUAGGUCUUGAUAAGAGGUCGUUGGAACCUUCCAAAUGCAUCAGUUUAUACAUUAAAUAUCAGAGAAUAAAACCAGCAAGCCUAAACAGUUCUUAUGUUAAGACUAAAUUCUCAGUAAAAAAUUUACUUGACUUCGACGGCGACUUCGAAAACGACCCCGUGCAGGACUCUAAUGGAAAUACAAAUUUUUUGGUUUUUAAGCAAAAGACGCAAGAUAGCUGACUCGCAUAUAAAUGCCAAUAUAUUAGUGAUGUGUACUUGUAAGAUAAAUAGAAUUAUGCUAAAUUCUAUAUGUCAAUGUAAAAAGUUUGUUUCUGCCAAAGCUAUUACGAAAUCAUUUCUGCAUCGGCAUGCAACUUUAUGUCAUUUUGUAGUUCACAUCCUGCUUCGUGCAAGAAUAUACUAUUUUUUUUUUCUUUGGCAUGCAUUUUCCUUAUUUCUCGUUAAAAGCAAAUAGGUCUUAUACAUCCACAAAAUGUUGACUGAAAAAUCUUCUUUCAGUUCUCCGAAUUCGCCUAUAGUUAUUAGUAUUCAUGUUCACCCGUACGUAGAAUUUAUCAGAUAAUCCUUAUAUCUUUCAAUUUCAAUUGUGUUUCUAUUGUAAGUAGCUAGUCAAAUAGUAAAGAAGUUCAUCUAUAAAGCAAAGUAUGUAUGUUCGAAUCUUAUCUCUUGAAAAAAUAGCUCUUACAUGUUCAUCUAUGUUUACUAAAUAUGCUUUGUUGUCUUGCAUUCACAUGCUUGGAUUCUCUACAAACGCAUUCUUACGUCCUCGUAUGCUGUGACAAUAAUAACUGUGUACAUGUGUUAAAUUUCAUGCAUGCAAACGCGAGCAUAGUUUACUUUGUGACGCGUUCCCACGCAAACCAUGUCAUAAUGAUAUUAUGUAUAUAGAUGUAUUUUAUAAGCUCUCAUGUUUUACUGUGCAAUCAAAUAGCAAGAGUCUCAAAUGAAAAAUGAUUGGACAAUUAAUGGCAAUGCUACUCGUGAUUAUAAAUUUAAAGCAUUUAUUAAGACAAAAAAAUCAAAAUAAAAUUCAUGCCUGUCGCGAAUUUUGUAUCAAGAACACUAAAAAAAACACAUUUAUGAUGAUGAAACAGACAAAAAGAAUGAUUAGUUUUCAAAUUCAUUGAUGAAAAGUGACAUUUUAAGCAAGAAAAUGCAGUAAAUUUCAUUUUUAAUCAAAAUCAUGCGAUGAAAUUAAUGACAAUGUUUAUUUUAAUCGAUGACUUUAAAAUACAUCAAUUGUAUUGUCUGUUUUCAUCAUUUUAAUGACAUUUUUCUUAUUUUUUAACUCCCUGGGUAGAAUCAACCACAGAACAUCAAAUGUAUUUAUACACAAAAAUACGUAUACCAUGACAUAUAACGGUAAUAUUCUUAGAAAAAAUCAAAAUUAUGGACAAUAAGAAAAAAAAUUACCAUUAUUGUAGAUACCGAAAAAAACUUUAACAUUUACGUUCCGUCAAUGAAUAUUUAAAAGAGACAGUUUUUAUACUACAAAUUGUAUGGUUGUACUAUAAUUUCGUAUUUCCAUAUAAUUUUACUUCAUUUUAAUGUUUUGUUUCAUUUUUAAUAGGUUUCUCUUUGUUCUUCUACUUAUGUUAGCAUGGUUUCUAUUACCAAAUCACUAGGAACGUAAGAGGAUGACUCAGAUAGAAGAAAAAAACUGGAUUUUUUGUUUAUAAUAGUAGUACACCUCCAAAUGAAAGCAAUAUUUUCGGUUGACUAAUUAGAGUCUCAUGAACAAAAUCAAUGAGUUUUGUUUUUUAAGACUCCUUUUUUCGCAAUGUCUCUAUAAAAAGUCGACUUUUAACAUUUGAAAAAUAUUCUUAAGCAUGUAUUUAAAUAACCUAGACAGUCUUGACAAAAACUACAACAGAAUUAAUGAGGAAAAAAACAACGCCCGUAUGUAUUAUCACUAAUUAAUUCAUUAGAGAAAUUGCUCAAAAUAGAACAAAUAUUCGUCAUACAUUUAUAUUUUCAAGGAUUAAUUAAAACUUGGAAGAAGACGGGAAAACUCAUGUUCAGACAAGUUUAAUAGACAUUGGCUUCUAGCUUAAUUCAUCACGCAAGCCAUGCAUUAUGAUGCUCUUCAACAAAUUAAUAUGAAGACUGAAAGUAUCUAACAGCUCGUGGAGGUAUCAUAGCGUUUUUUGUUAGACACAACUUUUUGAUCAAUCUCACUGAUUCCCUUUUAUCAAACAUAUUUUGAUUUUCAUGGUUUAGUUCAUGAUAUUCUAUUUUUGAAAGAUAUUAUCCAUUUCAAAGUCUAUUAUUAAAUGAGAUGAAAAGUUGACAGUCCUAUCCUAUACCUACAGAAAUUUUCUUAUUUUGUGUUUGCAAACAUAUCUCCUUUCUAUUAUUAUACGUUAUUCGUAAUUUUUAAUGAAUAAAAAUUGUCAAUAGAAAAAGAUUCUCAACUAAGAGUGUUCCAAAUACCACUGAUUUUCCUAAUAAAUAUUUUUUGUAUGAAAAAAAGAAUAAAUUAUUGUAGUUUUCGGCUAGAUCGUGACUGUUUAUUUAUAAUACAUUAUAAUGAGUUAUGAUUCAAUUUUGUAACUAAAACUAAUAUCAGAAGAAAACAAGAUGCUUUAGUUUCCUUGAAAAAGACGAAAAAAAACCUUUUUUUCUUUUCAGCAGAGAAUUAUCCAAGCCAAGCUAGACGUAAUUCUUUUACUAUCAUUUUCAUAUUUUUCAACAUACCACAAAGAAUCUCAACGGUUUUUACUUACUAAACAUAUUACUCGAUAUUACUGCGCAAUUAACAAGAAUUGUUCUGAUUUUAUUGGUCAUUUUUGGAACAAUAGGUCAUUAUAUUUAAUUGCUACUUGGAUUGGCAAUAUUCUAGUCAUUUAUUUAGCAAUACUUAAUAGACUUCUUAUUGAUGGAUUCUCUAUUGAUGUUGGAUCUUUAUCACCAAUUAUAUGUAAAUUAAGAGUUUAUGUUGGUUAUAUGGUUUUAGCUUUAUCUCCUUAUUUUUUUAUAUUGGCUUGUUUUGAUCGAUAUUGUUCGAGUUCACCAUCAAUAAUACAUCGUUCUUGGAGUAAUAAAAAAACAGCAAAACGAUGUAUUUGUGGAGCAAUUAUUCUAGCUGCUAUUCUUUAUUUACAUAUGCCGAUAUUUUUUCAAAUUCAAUCAAAUGGAUCAAAUAUAAUUUGUUAUCCUCAACAAGGAAUUUAUGAUUCAUUUUGGAGAAUAUUUUAUUUAGUUAUCUAUUGUUUUUUUCCAUCAAUUUGUAUGAGCCUAUUAUGUUUACUUAUAGCGAUUAAUAUUCGUCAUCAAUCUCGUCAAAUUAGACUAACAUUAGUAACUUUAGGCAAUCUUCAUCAACGUCUUGAUCGUAAUUUGAUUCGAAUAUUAUUUUCACACUUCUUAACACAAACUUUAAUUUUUAUACUUCCACUAUUUGCUAGUUAUACAACAAAUUUUGAUAUGAAUACAAUGUCAUUUCGUAUUUAUCGGCGAGAAUUUAUGAAAUCAUUAUCGUUUUGCAAAAGACAAGGGAAACAAAAAAAAUUAUUUAAUCCAAAUGUUUAG